GGUUAGUAUUCCCUCGGCUCCAAAAAUGACAAGACAGCUUCAGUUUCUGAACGCAUUCAACUACUUGCUGGUAUGUAACGUUCGUUUCGAUGGGAUUCGGAACGAGGUUGUUUUGGUCGGAAAACAAGGCAAUUCAAUUGUAGUCCUCAUAUUAUUAUGUGCUAUAGUAUACUUUGUGAUAAAGUUGGAACAAAUCACCAGCAUGGGCGUCGAAAGUGUUACCUCGAUCACACGCUAUACCAUCACGUUCAUUACAAUUUUUAUCAUCAAAAUUGAAGAUCUGUUUCGUCGAAAGUCUCAGCUAAACCUGUGCCAACUCAUGAAAGUCUACACUAUACAUGUAGAUAAAGGUUUUUCGCAAAAUAAAAAGGUCGGAGAACAAACUACGCUGUUGCUGAUCAAGUUGCAGAUCGUUUUGAUCCUAGUACUAGACUGGAUGCUCAACGGUUACUAUAUUUAUGAAUACUGGAAUGAUCCAUCGAUGACAUAUAUAAUUGUCCUGUUAUUCGAAGAAUACGUCCAAGCAAAUUUGGUUUUUACCCAGUUUUUUGCAUACUUUUUGAGCACAGAAUUCCAACGACUGAAGUUACAAAUCGGAAAUCAAGAGAUACAGAAACUACUGGGAAGCGCAGAAAAAUUGGAGCAGAUUAAACGAGUCCUCUCAGAUGUCUUCGGAAGUAGACUGCUGUUGUUUCUAUUUCAACUGCUGGUUAACGUAUCCUGCUGCUGCUACGAGCUUAUGGCUGUAUUCAAGCAGCAACACCUGUCGGGUGCAUUAAUAGGCGAGUUGAGUUACGUGAUGUUCAAAAUCUUGACCUGUAAUGCCCUGGUGCUGUUCGGGACAGCGUACAGUUUUGAUCGUGUAGAUGUAGAGGAAGAGGAGUUGCGGAAUAAACUAAAAACACUCCAGUAUAACGCGUGUGAAGAUCAAUCGGAAAAAUAUUCGAACUUUCUGGAUAUUGUCAACUUAAAGCUGAUAACAGACUCGCCUAAAAUAACUGCUUGUGGAUUAUUUACGAUAAACUUGAAAGUCUUUUGUAAUAUUUUUACAGCCAUUGUAACCUACAUCAUGAUCCUCUUCCAAUUUCGGGAUUUGGAAAAGCACUAAUUGAGUUUUCGCUGUGAAACUAUUCUUACAUUGACAAAUGGAAUUUUAAAUAAUGUUUCAACAAUCGAAAAUAAGUAUUCGUUUUCUCGGAGACCAAACAUUGAUCUCACACUACUUCAGGCUGACAAGAUACCUUAAAUGUAAUGUGACGCAUCAUCAACGGUGAAAAAAGACGAGCUAUAAUAAAAAAUAGAAAUGUAUUGAACACUUACCGCUAUAGAAACAUAGAAAUAUCUCAUGUUUCCCACUUGACUUACAGCGUAUUAUUAAUUACUGAAUAAUGAUUUUCUUUCGGAUUUCGCUCCAAAACCUGCGCAGUUUUUCGAUAUCACAUACUUAACGGAACGAAUGAGUUUUAUCAUUCGAAAGUGAAUUUGACCAUAAUAUGCGAUGCGAUGCGAUCAUUGGCGCGUGAACCAUACGUCGGAAGUGGCAAAAAAUACUUCGCCAUCUCGAGUGUCUGUUCAUCAAGAUGGUGCGGCUCAGA